AUGAGCAGCCACGUGUGGUUCCCCUUGCAGUACAUCUCCAAACCCUACCGCCGGGCACAGGACCGCAAUGGCUCCGACUUCUUCUCUGCCCUCUACGGCUUCCCCAACCGAUCCUCCUUCUUCCACGGCGACUUGGACCUGGACGACAUGGGGGACUUUGACAGGGGCACCCGGUACGAAGGGGAGUCCCAGAGCCGGACGGUGAAGGCGCUGCUCAUCGUGGCCUAUUCGGUGAUCAUCGGCAUCUCUCUCUUCGGCAAUAUCCUGGUCUGCCACGUGGUGAUCAAGAACAAGAGGAUGCAUUCGGCUACCAGCCUCUUCAUCGUCAACCUGGCCAUCGCGGACAUCAUGAUCACCCUCCUGAACACGCCGUUCACCCUGGUGCGAUUUGUAAGCAGUACCUGGGUCUUCGGAAAGCUGAUGUGUCACAUAAGCCGGUUUGUCCAGUACUGUUCUGUCCAUGUUUCUGUGCUUACCCUUGCAGCCAUUGCACUGGAUCGACACCAGGUUAUAAUGCACCCUUUGAAACCCCGGAUGUCAAUUGCUAAAGGAGGAAUUUGCAUCAUUAUAAUCUGGGUUAUGGCCAGCUGCUUCUCUCUGCCUCAUGCCAUCUACCAGAAUCUAGCAAGAUUUUAUAUUGGGAACAGAACAAUACGAAUGGUCUGUCUCCCCAGCUUCCCUCCUCCUGCUGAUCUCUUCUGGAAGUACCUGGACUUGACUACUUUUGUACUCUUGUAUGUCCUGCCCUUGCUUGUGAUCUCCAUCACCUACACAAUGGUAGCCAAGAAGCUCUGGCUGAGGAAUGCCAUUGGAGACGUCACCAUGGAGCAAUACUUUGCCCAUCAGAGGAAGAAGAAGAUGACACUGAAGAUGUUAAUGGUGGUGGUGGUGGUUUUUGCUGUCUGCUGGUUCCCACUGAACUGCUACCUGGUGCUCAUCUCCAGCAGGGCCAUCAACAGCAACAAUGCUCUGUACUUUGCUUUCCACUGGUUUGCCAUGAGCAGCACCUGCUACAACCCCUUCAUUUACUGCUGGCUCAAUGAGAGCUUCCGCUCUGAGCUCAAGUCCCUGUUGUGUGUGUGCCGGCGAAAGAAUGCAGCCCAGAGCCACGCACUGCAGUCCAUCUCUCCUCCUUUCAGGCAUGCCUGGGCUGAGAAUUGUCAUUAUAAAAGGGGCAGCUGCUCUCAGAAAGCAAGAGCAUCUUCCCAAAGAAACUCUGCAAAGACAGACAUAUCCAGUGUCCAGCCAAUUGUGACAGGGAGCUAA